AUGUCACCGAACUACUCUGGAGAAGUUGUAUUAAAUGAUGGAAAUAUUGAACGCGGAAUUCCUGCAGAGGAAUUGAUGGAUGAGGCGAAUAUGUUUGAGCAAGCUGACGGUAUUCUGUUUACGCCAGUUGACUUGACUAUAUGCUAUCGUGAAGUGGACCAAAGAAGUUAG